AUGCCGGAGAAGGAGGACAGCACUGAGAAGAAGGAAUGCUGCAGCGGGGGCUGCAACAGCAACAGCAGCAGUCGCAGCAACAGCUGCGUCUGUAGCCAGAACAACAGCAACAGCAGCAACAGCGGGAACAAUGUCGAGUUUUUAAAGGAGAGGUGCGGCUCUCUCUUUACCUGCUUUGACGGAGAGCCUCAGCGCAUGCAGGGGUUUUCUGCUUUUGAAUCCCCACCUCCGCGUGCUGUAGGUUCUCUGGGCGACAGCACAUUAUUUGGUGCGGAUUCUGAAGCAGCAGCAGCAGCAGCUGCUGCCUCUGCAGCUGCAGCAGCAGCAGCAGGAGCAGCAGCAGCAGCAGCAGCAGCAGCAACGCCAGGAGCAGGAUGCAGCGGGGAAGGCAGCAGCGACAAUACUGUUCCGAUGAGUGAGAAAUACCGUCAGCAGUUUGAAGAGGUGCGACAUUUACUGAAGAGCCGCUGUCUAUUUACAGAGAAAACUGUAGAUAAGCAUCUGCUGGAAUAUUAUAAUCAUUUGGGCUUAAAUGAAUUCUACUUUCGAACAGCAAAACCUUCUUCAAUUGCAGAUAAUCUUCAAGCAGUUAUUGCUGCGCGUGCACUGCAUGCAGUCAGCGGCACAGAGUACUUCCCUGAGAUACAGCAGAUUGAUGAACGAACAGGAGAGGUGUUUGCACUUUCAAAGGCAUCUCUGACAGCAAAGAGAGCAGCUCAAAACUACAAGACUGAAAGAAAAUUAGAACAGCUCUUUCUUAAUAUGGGAAGAGAAGAAAAUAAACAACAAAUGCGCAUGCAGUGCUAUAGAAGUACUCAGAGUGUAUUUGGUAUUGAUGCAAACUUCGAACGCCUUAGAACUUAUUUCUUUCAGAAACCUGAUUUUCCUUAUCGAGAAGAAGAACUGUCUCCAACAGAAAAAGAUAUUUCUAAACUGCUGGACGUCAAUUUCUUCGCCUCUAAAAAAAAUACUGUCACUGCCAGCAUCUUCCAGCGUCUUAACGAACAACUUGUCGGAGACUCCACUGGCUUGGCUUUGUUCGUCAAUGUGGUUCCUCGCGAUUUAGCAUUUCGUCGGGGGCCGCACACUGAAGAAUUUUUCUCGCGGUUUGGGGAUUGCUUAACUAUGUGGGGUUUCUAUAGCCAAAGGAAAUACGUAGAGCCGCUCGCUAACGGCAGUUCAAUAAUAACGACAUUUGUUGAAUUGCUUCCUGAAGGCAUUCUUGUCUUUCCUUCAAUGCCUAUUCAAGAAAGGAUUGACAAUUUGCUGAGCGCAGUUCGUUUGCAGUUUGUCAUGGCGAAGAGUAAAUACGCAGACUUCGCGAGGACUCUUAACUCUUCAUGA